AUGUCAAACUCUUCAAAAAAGGCGUCUUUUGGCGGAGCGGGUCAUAGAUCUUCAACCACCGAUGCUACAGCAACCUCACCAAGCAGUCGAACUCCCCCACAGUCUCCGCACUCUUCGGUGAACGGCCUAGGACGGUCCCCUUCUACGAGACAAUCUCCCGGUCCCGUCUCCGCCCGAGCGGCGGCGCGUAAACCGGGCGCAGGUCGUUCGAAUCUCAGCAUGAGUUCAGUUCCCAGGCACCCUUCAAACCCCGCAGACGAUGACGCGAGAGCUCAGAAUGCUGCCAUCAUCGACGAGCUGAAAGAACAGGUUAAGAAAGCGGAAACCGUGUCAGAUCAGUACCGGAAGCAGUUAGGCGUCUUGCAGUUGCGACUCGAUGAAGCAGUUAGCGAGCAGUCAAGACUAGAAGAGCAGGCACAUGAAAGGGAUGUCUCGUUAAAUGCGCUUCAGGUGGAGGUCAAGGAGCUCACGAGGCAAAUCCGCGACUUAGAGCAAGCUCAUGAGGCUGAACGAACUGGAAUGGCUGAGGAGAAAGAGCAACAGAGAAAACGGGAAGGGGAUUUGCAGUCAACCAUCCAGCGCUUGAAAGAAACUAUUGCGCAAAAGGAACUCCGCAUGAACGUCGAGAAUGAUCGAAAUCUCUCCCGAUCUCCCAGUUUUCGGAAAAGAGCCUCAGCAGACCUCGAAAAUGGACAAUUUGCGCCAUCUUCGCAGCUCCAGCGCAGUCCUUCCCGAAACAACUCGAAGCUGAUUUUACAGAAGGACAAACUCAUCGAAUCCCUGAGGCUCGAGUUAGCGGAAGCCCAGAUCAAACUAGUCGAAAUGGAAAAUAUGGGAGGUGGUCGCCACCAUGAGUUGGAGCGGGAGCUUCUUGAAGCAAGAAUGGCAAACGCCCGUCUGAUGGAAGAUAAUGAGAGCUACCAGCUUCUUUUGAGUGAGAAAACGCUAAAUGGAGAUUUCUCCAAGGGAGAUUUCAUGCAUGAGAACUUUCAGGAAAACCAACAGGCGAGCAGCGGACUUGGAUCACUUGCGGAUGAACUUGACUCGGUUGGUGAAGGUGGAGAUGCUGACUCUCGUCGACGACUCGAAGGAGAAAUCAAAACCCUUAAGGAUCAAAAUAAGGCCUUAACCCUUUAUAUUGAAAGAAUAAUAGGCCGCCUCCUCCAAACCGAGGGAUUUGAACAUAUUUUAGACAAAAAUGACACUGAACGUCCUGGUUCGGUCACGGCUAAACAUGCCAAUGUCGACAAGGACCUGCCUCCCCCUCCUGGAGAGAAGACCGAAGGUGCCGGACAGACAUUGCUUCAACGGGCAAGAUCCGUUGUGUCAGGCCAAAGCACCCGACCCAAGCCCAAGCAACGGACUGCAAGCAAUCUCACGCAGUCAUCAACAAUCGAUGAACCUCAUAUCGAGAGCCAGCCUACCAUGAAUGAGAAUCCUGAUACAGCGCCAAGUAUUCCCAUAGGACGUUCAAGACACCGAAGGACACGAUCGGACCAAGCGGAUGGAGCCGCUGCUGCGGUCGUGGGUCAGAUGUAUCGUGGUCCCCUGUCCAAUGGCCCAAUGAGUCCCGGAAUUAGCCCUACAUUCUCCUCGGGGCAAGGUGCGUUCUUCUCCAGCUCUAACAUGGCGGCAAAACGCUCCUCUGUCGCCGUUGGCUCUGUUUCAAGCAGACGCGUGAGCACCCCGCCUAGCGUGAGGAGCGAUCGCAGUGGUGAGGUAGCCUCAACAACCGAAAGCACAUCCAGUCCUCCACUUUCAGGCCCGGGAAUGAACAACUAUACUGGCGCAGUAAUGACGCAGAAUAAAUUGCGACCGUUGCGUCUUGUUCAGGAAAACAAGGAGCUGGAAGGAGGUAAUGAGCAGGCUGCUGAUGAGGAGGCACGUAAGAAGGCGAAUCGCGGAAGCUGGAUGUCCUGGUUCAAUCGUCCUGGUCAAACGGAGCCUCUUCCUGGUGUUGCCUCGGCCAUAUGA